AUGGCGAAGUCGAGUCCCCGCGGGCGCAGCGGCCAUCCGGCUCGGGGGCCUUCGGCGCCGCGUCAGGCAGCGCGCCGGGCAGCCUGGGGCCAUGGCGGCAGCGGUGGAGUGGCGGCGCGGGCGCUGGUUGGCGCGCUGCGCAGCCGGGGCGCGAGCGGGGCGGCCAUGUCUUCAGAUGCGCAGUGGUUGACGCCAGAGGAGAGGAGCCAGCUUAUUCCUGACUUGAAAGCAGCAGGGUGGUCGGAGUUGAGCGAGAGAGACGCCAUCUACAAAGAGUUCUCCUUCAAAAAUUUUAACCAGGCGUUUGGCUUUAUGUCCAGGGUUGCCCUGCAAGCAGAGAAGAUGAAUCACCACCCGGAAUGGUUCAACGUGUACAACAAGGUCCAGAUUACCCUCACCUCGCAUGACUGUGGAGGCCUGAGCAAGCGAGACGUGAAGCUGGCCCAGUUCAUUGACAAAGCUGCUGCUUCUCGGUGAUCGCCUUCGAAACGCACGUAAAGGCCUAAUGCCUGCCUCGUUUGCAGUUUUCUGAAAGCCAUUUGUGUUAAUAAAUUACGUCACAAAUUAGUUCAUAUUCGCCUGAAUACAUUGUUUUGUAUGAUUGAUACAGAA